GCAAGUCCUGUUUAUUCCUACUGAGCUUCUACAAUUUCGGAUUAGACUAGAUCGAUCGAGUCAAACUAGCACGAGAAAUGUCGAGAUCAUACGAUAGAGCUCUUACCGUCUUUUCUCCGGAUGGGCAUCUCUUCCAAGUCGAUUAUGCGAUGGAAGCAGUCCGACGCGGUACCUGUGCUGUUGGUACCCGAGGAAAAGACGUAGUGGUUCUGGGAGUCGAGAAGAAGUCGGCUCUUCAAUUGCAAGACCCUAGGACCGUGAGAAAGGUGGCCAAGCUGGACGACCAUGUUUGUCUUGCGUUCGCCGGUCUGACGGCAGACGGAAGGAUCCUGAUCGACAAGGCGAGGGUGGAAUGUCAAUCGCACAGGCUGACGGUGGAGGAUCCCGUGACGAUCGAAUAUAUUACCAAGCACAUUGCCGGCAUCCAGCAGAAAUACACUCAAUCGGGAGGUGUUCGACCUUUCGGUGUAUCGACGUUGGUAGUAGGAUUCGAUCCCAACGACGUCAAGCCCCGACUAUACCAGACCGAACCUAGCGGUAUCUACUCGGCAUGGAAGGCCACCGCUGUCGGCCGAUCAUCCAAGACCGUCCGAGAGUUUUUGGAAAAGAACUACAAGGAGGACCAGUCGAGGGACGAUACGAUUAGGUUGACCAUCAAGAGUCUGCUCGAGGUCGUACAGACUGGAGCAAAGAACAUUGAGAUCACCGUGAUGGAGAGUUACGGAAAGAUCACGGAACUCAAGAACGAAGAGAUCGAGGAAAUUGUCAAAUCGAUCGAGGCCGAAAAGGAGGCCGAAGCCGAGCGCAAACGUAACCGGACCGCCGCCGUCGCUCAGACCGCCGCUGGAUUGGGCAGGGACCCUUCGCUUGUUCAGACCGGAGGUGCGGGUGGUGUCGAUUCGGGAGCCGGGUCUACUGAAUCGGGUCAUCAGUAGACAAUGGUCGUGUUGAAGUGGAAUUCAGAGAGAGUGUGAGAGUGAAUGUAGGAUGAGGCAGUGUGUUUCUUACAACGAUAUUAUGACCAUGUAACCGUGUUCUGUGCCCUGAUCGCUCUGAUGGACAGGCUAUGAGCGAUGUCGCUAGAGUUGCUCGAGCGCUCUCGGCACAUAAGAGCGGAAGCAGAUCCAAUCGAUCGA